AUUGUUUAUUCUAUAAUUUCCACUAUUUACCUGAACAACAAUUUAAUUGAAUAAUAUUACAAAUCAAAUAGCAAAGCUACUGAACUGUUGAAUAGAUUAAAUACAUACUGACAGAGCCAACGGAAAGUAAAAAGAAACUCUGAGCAACAAAAAUAAGGACAUAACUGUUUUUGUGAUAAGUGGAAGUUGUCUGUCCAACUACUACUACUACCACUACUACUACUACUACUCCUGCCACCCCCCCUUCGUGUCAUUCUGACAACUACGAACAUACUAAUAAUUGUCUAUUGCUUGAUGUGUGUGUACCUCUACGUGACCUUCAAGUGGUAACCAAUCAAAUCUAUGACUUUUGAUUAAGUGGUAGACAAAGUUUGUAAUUGUUGAUUAUUCAAAUCUCAAAACCAAUAGUAUUAUUUAUCGUAUAUACUGAAAGUCUAUUGUAUGAUAAUGACGAUGAAGGACGAAGUUGUCGUUCCCCCUGGUCUAAGGGAAUUAUUACAAGAAUUAACUGUGUCUAUACUGCGAGAACACCCUGAUAAUUUAAUUCAGUUUGCUAUUGAUUUCCUAAUGAUGAAGAAGGCGGCAUCAGAAAAUCGUCCAAAUAAAACAACUGAAAGUGAAGAUGAAGAUGAGGAACCUAUGCCUAUACCUCCACAACGAGCUACUCGAAGAGCUGGUGUAGCUGCAGAAAGUUAUGAUCCAGAAAAAGAUGAUACUUCAAAUGUAGAAAAAGUUGUACAUCCUAAAACAGAAGAACAACGUCGAAGAUUAGCUCAAGCCACUAAAGAUAUUCUCCUUUUCCGAUGUCUUGAUGAUGAUCAAAUGAAAGAUGUUAUUGAUGCCAUGUACGAACGUCAUGUAUCACCUGGUGAAAAAGUAAUUACACUUGGUGAAGAUGGUGAUAAUUUUUAUGUAAUAGAAAAAGGAGUUUAUGAUAUCAUUGUGAAAGUUAGUAAUGAAGAAAAAACUGUUGGAAAAUAUGACAACAAAGGGUCUUUUGGUGAAUUGGCACUGAUGUAUAAUACACCACGAGCUGCAACUAUUUUAGCCAAAACUGAAGGUGUAGUUUGGGUAAUGACACGUGAAGUUUUUCGUUCAAUUGUAUUGAAAAAAGCAUUUGAAAAACGUAGAUUAUAUGAAGAACUACUUAAUCAAGUACCAAUCCUAGAAAGUCUCAGUGCUUAUGAACGCAUGAGUAUUGCAGAUGCAUUAAGAACAAAAAUCUUCAAAGAUAAUCAACAAAUUAUCAAACAAGGUGAUCCAGGUGAUGAAAUGUUCUUUGUUGAAGAAGGCAAAGUACGCAUUAAAAUGAAAAGAAGCGGAGAAACAGAAGAAAAAGAAGUAGCUGUUAUUGAAAAAGGUGGCUAUUUUGGUGAAUUAGCUUUAUUAACAAGUCAUCCACGUGCUGCUUCAGCAUAUGCUGAUGGUCAUACUAAACUUGCUGUAUUGGAUGUUGGAAGUUUUGAACGUUUACUUGGUCCUUGCUUAGAUAUACUCAGAAGGAAUAUUGAUGAUUAUGAAGCUAAACUAAAAAAUAUUUUUGGUAGUUUAGAUAAAGUACCAGAAUUAAGACGUUAAUUAUGAAUUACUUUUGAUGAUUUACGUCUUGAUUUACAUGUGAUCGUCGAUUACUAUAAUAAUAAUUAUUAUUAUUAUCAUAAUUACACUGUUCUUUGUGUUCAAUCGAAUGAUCCAACUUUCAUGGAUGUUCAUAUUCUUUGAUUAGUGAAAGGAAAUAAGUCAGAUCAUAGUGAGUACAGUAUAUAUUUUGUUUUUAUUUGCUUAUAUAUAUAUAUACAAUUUAAAACAAAAUUAUGUACAUAUACGUAUUUUCCUCCUUUUUUUUUGUUGUUGUUGUUGGUUAUUUACUUAAGUGGUAAUAUGGAAUCUACAUGUUUCCAUGUCAACCGUUACUCGAUUUUUUUUUCCAAUUUGUUUCAACUAUUUUUAAUCCUUUGAUUAAGUAACUCAUAAUUUUAGUCACUAUUAACAUUAUUAUUGUUAUUAUUAUUUUGGACAUUACUUGGUCACUGAUCAUCAUUAUCAUUCAUAAUAUUGAUAUCAUGCACAAAAAAAUUGACCAUCAUACAAAACUAUGUGUAGAUUGUAUUAGCUCAAUUCUAUAUCCUAAUAACACAAUUAAAAUUCUAUCUUUUAUUCAUAUGUAUCGUUUGUUUGUUUUUUGAUGAUCAUUUACAUUUUAUUACUAUGGUGAUGGCUGAUAUUCACUGUGAUGAGUAUUGUUACCGUACAUAGAUAUAGAAAAGAAAAGAAUUUCAAGCAAUUCUUCCCUAGUUAUUCAUCUUUCUUUUUUUUUUUCAAUCAAUUGCUUACAUUUCAUUUCUCAUGUACCAUAUAACAUGUGCAAAUGGUAAUAGAGUUGAACUGUUAUAUCCGAAAAAAAACUCAACUCUGUUAUUACUUAUCUUAUUCAUCAGGCAUGGACAUAUAUAUUGGUAAAACAAAUACACAAUACAUUCAUCCUUCGUUACUACUAAUAUCAGUAUCAUUUUGAUUACUUGUACUUGUGUGCGUGGGGGGGGUAGUUGUUCGAUAUUUUUCAUUUUUGUCAUUCUUUUUCUUUCUUUCUGAGCUCAUUGUUUUCUUCCUCUUUAUCUGUUUAUUCUACUGUCCUUUAUGUCUCUUUUUUUCUUCUCAUUAAUGUUCUCUUAUUUUCUUCCAUUAAUCCUUUACAGAUAAUCAGUGAAAACAAAAAGAUAUAUCAUCAAUUAUUUGUUUUGAUGUAUCCGUGUUCAUGUUCUUGUUACUAAUUAAUCUGGGUAGUAAGGUUUUAAAAUAUACUUGUAUAAUUAAUUAAACAAUUGAGUUACGUAAUUCAUAUAUAUUGAUUAUGUGUUAGAUUCUUAUGUUACUUAUAAAUGGUUAUAUUUCUGUGUUCAAAUGGAAGUAGUUUGAGUCAAGUUUCAAACUUGUAAUUGAAUGAAUAAAAGGUAUUUCAUACACUAUUAAACGGUAUGUAUUCAUACUUUACUUAAUUGAGCUUUUGAAAAUUGUUCUUUAAACUGUAUUCAUGGAUGUGCAUUGCUGAAGAGUCUCACAAUAAGAUAAAAUGGCCAUCCAUUGCUUCCAGGUUUCUCAUAGUAGUUUAGCUUCAAUUGACUCAUGA